AUGGCUGCUGCCCUUUUAACUGUGGUUGCCUUAAUCUGCUCAAUUGGUCUAGGUAAUGCACAAGGAGGUGAGAAGGUGUAUUCAGACAACAUCACUCGCAUUCUGGAUAGACUUUUGGAUGGUUAUGACAAUAGACUGCGACCUGGUUCAGGAGGUGGUAUUACAGAGGUAAAAACCGACAUCUUUGUUACCAGCUUUGGGCCUGUUUCAGAUGUUGAGAUGGAAUACACCAUGGACAUGUUCUUCCGUCAGAUGUGGGUGGAUGAACGGCUGAAGUUUGAGGGCCCCAUUGAAAUCUUACGUCUUAACAACCGCAUGGUGGACAAGAUAUGGACGCCAGACACCUUCUUUAGAAAUUCAAAGAAGUCCAUUUCCCAUAACAUGACCACACCCAACAAGCUCUUUCGCAUAAUGCAGAAUGGGACCGUCCUUUACACCAUGAGACUAACAAUCAGUGCAGAGUGUCCAAUGAGGCUGAUGGACUUCCCCAUGGAUGGCCACGCCUGUCCUCUCAGGUUUGGAAGCUAUGCAUAUACCAACAGUGAAAUUAUUUUCACCUGGAGGAAGGGUCUAACAGCUUCUGUGGAGUGUCCCAAAGAGUCAAUGAGUCUUCUGCAGUACGAUCUAGUCGGGCAGAACUUGUCCAGUGAGAUAAUGAAGUCAAACACGGGUCAUUAUUCUGUGCAGGUGGUCCAUUUUCUUCUCCAGAGAAAGCUUGGAUACUACCUCAUACAGACCUAUAUCCCCCUCAUCAUGGUUGUUGUACUGUCCCAAGUUUCAUUUUGGAUCAACAAGGAAUCUGUUCCAGCGCGUACAGUUGCUGGCGCCACCACGGUGCUGACGAUGACCACCUUGAGUAUUAGUGCUCGGCAGUCCUUGCCUAAAGUUGCAUAUGCCACAGCCAUGGAUUGGUUUAUCGCUGUAUGUUUUGCCUUUGUGGCCUCUGCUCUGGUUGAGUUUGCAGCAGUGAACUAUUUUGCCAGCUUGCAGGCAAACCGCCUGAAGAAGCAGAGAGCCAGACAAGACAGGCUGGAGGUGCUGGCCACUGGCAGUGACGAUGAUGACACCCUUUCUACGGACAGCAGCAGCUUCCGAGAAGGCCUGAAGCGGAGAAACCACUCAGUGAGCUGCAGUGAGCCUGGAGAUGUUACCCCAGUCCCAAUUUUCCUCCAGCAGGGUUCAGCUUUUCCUCAAAUCCCUCAGCUUGCUGGUACAAGCCCGAUUGACCGCUACGCCCGCAUCCUAUUUCCCCUGACGUUUGCCCUUUUUAACCUCGGGUAUUGGUACAUCUACCUGACCAAAGAGACCAUGGAGUGGGCAACGUGA